UGAGUUCUUCACCAAACUACUGCACUGAAGAAUAAAAAUAACUUCUUGGAAGAGAAGUUCCCCUUCCUGUGAUGCUGCUGGUGGGUCAGUCCCAUGACAGAGCAGACCUGUCCUCAGAACAACAUCCUGUCUUUCUGCACCACAGAAAACAGCCACACCAAACACUACCACAGCUCAGAUUGCUAACCAGGAGUCACCAUGACCCCCCUGCUCACAGCCCUGCUCAGCCUCGGUGAGAGAUGAAAAUGGGGAAUGGACUCUCCAUUCUGAAAGGGACCGUACCCCUCAGCUGGGUAUGAGUCCACUGGCAGACCCCAGGGGAUCAGGAGUAUGCAGGAAGGAGAGGAUCUUUCAGGAUACAGGGACAAAGCUCUCAGAGGGAUUUCUCUUCCAGGACUGGGGCUCAGCAUCAGGACUGCAGCACUGACAGGGACUCUCCCCAAGCCCAUUAUCUGGCCUGAGCCAAGCUCUGUGAUUGCAAAGAAUAUGCCUGUGACCAUCUGGUGUCAGGGAACCUUCGAGAGCCUGGAGUACCAGCUGCAUAAAGAGGGAAGCCAAAUUCCCUGGGACAGACAGUAUCCACUUCUGAUCAAGAACAAGGCCAAGUUCUCCACCCAAUUCAUGACAAUGGACUAUGCAGGGCGAUACCACUGCCGCUACAGCAGCCCCGCUGGCUGGUCAGAGCUCAGUGACCCACUAGAGCUUGUGAUGACAGAUCCUCAAGACCAGUCCAACACCACCAUUGAAUCUGGCACUGGGAGUGCUUCACAGCCCCGGGAUCACACAGUGGAGAAUCUAAUACGAAUCACUCUGGCAGCGCUGGUCCUAGCCACUCUUGGGAUUCUGCUGUUUGAGGCUCUUCACAGCCAGAAAAGGGCCAAGGAUUCAAUCAGGAGAUACCACACACCUCAAACUGAGGACUGGGAGGAUUCGAGCUGGAACUGACCUGAAAGCCGCGUCCCUGAAGACUAGCUAUCAUAGUAUCAGAAGGUGAUAUGCAAGCUGCCAGGAAGAAAACCAGUCAGUGAUUAGCUGACCCAUCUCUAAAGCCUAAGAACCACAACAAAGACCAGAACAGCAAAAUAUAUCUGUUUGUGCAAUAUUAGCACUUCUUUCCUGAGGGUAAUCAACAGCUGUCUAAUUAGCCUUAAGACCCGCUCAAUAGGAGGGAAUCCAUGCCUUGGAAUGUGACGAGAGAAAAAUAAUCAUAGUUUGAGAGGUCAUAGACCCUAAUGGAGAACCUACUACAGCCACUUCCCCAAAACCAAUGUAAUCCCUUGUUAUAUUUUAAAUAUUCAUCCUUGUAUUCACAAUAAAUGCAGCUCUCAUCACUUGUCAA